AAGUAGUGACGAGUUUAGAAGAACAACAUCGUGCUAGUAGUCACGCUCUUUUACAAGAAUUUGCAGCAAAACUAAAAAGUUAUAAUUUUGCUUGCAAAGCAAUAGCUAUGCGAGGGGAUGCACGUGAUGAAAUUGUUCGUAAGGUCGUUGAAAUCAACGCAGAUGCCCUAGUAGUUGGAUCUCGUGGUUUAGGUGCUUUGAAACGGUUAGUAUAA